ACCAUCUGUCAAAUCGACUUCAGCCUUCCCGAAAGCAGCAAAAGGUUUUGGUGCGUACCGAGAAGGGUAAAAUUGUGUGACUUCUUACGCCGUACGGAAGUAAACGAAAACGCUGCAAUCAUGUCGCUGGUCUCGCACAUCCUGCGCCGUUCGAUCUCGCAAUCAAUCGUCCGCAAUGCCGAGGUCGGUGGACCGUCCGCUGUAGCUGGCCAUGAAGCCGGUGGCUACAAGGUGUGGAAGAAGCUGUCGUUCUUCGUCGCCGUGCCGGCGGUCGGACUGUGCAUGCUGAACGCUUACCUGAAGCACCAGGAGGAGCACGGUCACCCGCGACCGGAGUUCGUCAAGUACGAGCACCUGCGCAUCCGCAACAAGCGCUUCCCGUGGGGCGAGGGCAACAAGAGCCUGUUCCACAACCCGCACGCCAACGCGCUGCCGGACGGCUACGAGCACUAAACGGGCUGGGGAGGUGUUCUGCCCAUUGCUGUCGCUGCUGGUGCCGCGGACACGUGCUUUCCGUGCGCACCGGCGCGCAUAGUGUUGUUUAAAUAAAGUCUGUGAACGAAUGUACGAUUCAAUAAUCCUA